CUGCCCUGCCUUUCAUCAUCAUCACUCUUGUCUACUCCACCUCCAUUUUUGACAACUCUACAAUACCAUAACAUACGACAUGGCCGCAGUAGCACCCGUUAUCUCUAUCAAAGCCGGCAAGUGUGCUCAGAAUGGUACAAAUAUCGUUUCGCAGGCUGAGCCUGGCUUGCUAUAUCUCUAUAACAAUCCUGAUGAUGGCCUUUUGCAUUUUUGCUGGAAGCCUCGCGGCGCCGUUGAGCCAUCUGCCGAGGAUGACCUUGUAAUUGUUCCCGGGGAUGCAAGAAUUAUCAAGUAUACUGGCUGCACGACCGGGCGUGUUAUGGUCCUCAAGUUUUCAUCGUCUUCCCAACGCCACUUCUUCUGGCUACAGACUAAGGCUGAGUCGACAGACUUUGGACACUGGUCUGCUAGAGAUGACGGAUGGGUUCACCGAAUCAAUGUUGCUCUCCAAGGCCCUCAGGAUGAUGACGAGGAGAUGGGGGAUAUUGGCCUUGGUAGCGAGGAGGUUGAGGAGGAGGGGAGCGCCAGCAGGAGAGGUGGUGCUGACGGAGGCAGGGCUCCUGCUUCCCAGCCUCAGAGCCAAAGCGACUUCCUCCAAAAUCUUAUUUCCCAGAUACAACUUCCCGGAGAAGCGCACGGCAGUGGCGGUGGAUACCGGCAACAGGAACCGAUGAUCUCCCUUCACGACCUUCUUCCCCCGACAACCACCACGUCGCUACUGGCGGCUAUGACCCCUGGAGCCGUUGAUGAUCUGAUCUCGAAUCUUCCGCAGGGAAUUGUCCCACGCAAUGCAACCCUAGCACAGAAAAAGGAGGUUAUCCGUAAGGUCUUGCACAGCCCUCAAUUUAGCCAGAGCCUUGUUGGCUUAUCUGUUGCUUUGAGAGAUGGUGGGCUGAGAGGUAUCUCGGACAGCCUAGGUGUUAGGCUAGCCCCUGGAGAGGAGAGGACUGGAAGUGACCAAGUCACUAUCUUUGUUGAGGCUGUCAAAAGGGAGGAAGAGAAGAAGGAAGGCAGCAAUAUGGAUAUCGAUUAGAUGUGAUACCAGAUCUGUACUAUAGUAGUCACUAACCAUUCGGCUAGGAUAAAGGGUAACCGAGCUCAUUUUAUUGCUUCUGGCAUGUGGAUAUGCCCAACCGAGCUACACAGUGGCGGGUUUUCCGGCUGAGAUGGAUUUAUGAAUAUGAUCUAUUAAGUUGCUAAGGCAUAGUUCAUCACUCGGACCUUUAACUAUGCACCGGGUUGCUGCUUCUCCCAA